AUCAAGUUCAGGAUUAUCCUCAGGAGCUAAAGCUUUGCACAAAGAGAAAGUGUCUUUGACAGAGAACACUGAUACUCCUUCCAAAAAGACCAUUUCUAACAAAGAUCCAUCUUUUCCCUCUGAGUCCAUGUCCAACAGUUUUUCCCCAGAUCUUUCCAGAGAAUCCAGCAGGACUUCUCCUAACCUUCCAGCACUAGGCACAAAGCAAGACAAGGACUCCCACGUCUCGUCUAUAACCUCACGUUACACUUCCACUAUCGAAUCAAAAGUUCGAUUUCCUAAAGAGACUCCCCCUAUUGCCCAAUCCACUUCAAAAGUGAGAGUACCUAUCCCUGACAAAGAGACAUCCUCCUUAUCCCCCAUGGAAUUAUGCCCUGUUUCCAUGAUAGCGACAAACCCUGUGGUGUUACGGCAGUCUAGUAAUGUUAACUCUAAAAAAUAGAUGUUUUUAUCAAAAGAAAAAAACAGCACGAAAGAACCAUCUUACCUUGGUGCAUCUGUACUGGACUCAAAGAACAGGAAUGUUUCAUUGAAAGGACCUGAAAAUAUUGUCCAGAAAGAGCCACUUGGACAGACCCUUAAGGAACCCACCCAGGAAUAUAUAAAAGCACCUAGGUCUGACCAAAUUUCUUCAGAUGUGUCUGAUGGUUUCACACCUUCCAAAAAGCUAUCUUCUAUAAUUAACAAAGAGAAUUCUCUCUUGUCGCCAAAGGAACAAAUAAUAGAGCCCACUAUAAAAUCAACUUGCAGUUCCUCUAAGGACACACAUUCAGUGUCAACUUCCAGAUAUGAAAUGACUAAAGAGACCCGUUCGAAUGUUAUAACAAAUGUCCUGUCUAGACAGAUAACCAACGUGAGCCUCAGUGAGAGAUUGGAACUGCAGAAGACCUCAGAACUUCGUUCUACACAGAUUUCUACCAAAUCAAGAGAAACGGAAUCUAGACUCCAUAGAAGUACAAGCAGCACCCUGUCGGGAUCUAGCCUUUUGAAGCACCCUGAUGGCACACAACAUUCUGCUUAACCUUCGCGAGGGGAGAUAAAACGGCAGAAGACGACCUCCAGUACCAUAACCCUGAAGUCUAUCAAAAUAGAAACUAAGCAAAAGUCUGACAUAAGUUAUGGUGUGAGGAGACAGAAGGAUGGGAAACAGGAAUCACUCACCUUGAGCCAAGAUGGGUCUUGUUCAUGCCCAGUGGUGUCGGACACAAAAGAAACCUUGAGCCUUGGAACAGUCCCCAGCUUUGACCUGAGUCCCUCAAGCCAAGAAGUGUUGGAGGGCAGUGAAGUAAUAUUCCGUUGCAAAGUUUCGGGAGAUCCCAGACCACGGGUUGAGUGGUACAAAGAGAAUUCCGUACUGGGGGAGAGAGACGGUGUGCGGAUCAGGGAAGGAGUGUGGACCCUACACUUGCUGAAGACAUGAGUAGGAGACGGUGGAAAUUACAGCUGUGAAAUCUCCAAUGCGAGAGGGCGGGAGACUCAUAGCUGGACCCUGAGUGUCAAGCGGUGCAAGAUGGAAGAGGUAGUGCCUCAGUUUGUCCGUGAGCUACAGGGCUGCUCUAUUAUGGAGCGAGAGGAUUUUGUGUUGGAGUGUCCAGUUGAGGAGCAACCUGUUCCUGAGAUCAUUUGGAUGCUGAAUGACAACCCCAUCCAGUAUGCCCAUUCUACAUAUGAAGACAGGGUGGCAAAGCUGCGGGUUCAAGAUGCCCUGCCAGAGGAUGAGGGAGUCUAUUUGUGCCUGGCACAGAACAGCAGUGGAAAGGUGUCCUGCUGUACAACAGUCAUUGUGACUGAAAAGAAAACGGUGGAGGAGCCGGGGGCCAGUCGAGAGCCUGUCUUCCUAAAGCACCUCACUGAUCUGCAGGUUAUGGAUGGGAGUCAAGUUGUAAUGACUGUGGAAGUGUCAGUGGCUCCCCCUGCUGAGAUCCUUUGGUUUCAUAAUGGAAAAGAGAUUCAGGAGACAGAGGAUUUUCAUUUUGAACAGAGUUGUAAUGAGCACCGCCUGUGUAUCCAAGAAGUCUUCCCAGAGGACACAGGAAUCUACACCUGUAAAGCAUGGAAUAGCUUGGGGCAAGCCACAACUGAGGCCACCUUAAACGUACAAGCAAGAUCCUCCUCCUAGGAAAAAUGGCCACCCAAUAGAAAAAAAGCCCCUUGCAUGCAUGGCCAUACCUCUGAUCUGCUCUGGCCAUUACCCAUUACCCUGGGGCAGAAUGUGAUCCUGUCCUGUGCCAUUGCUGGGGAUCCCUUCCCACAGAUACAGUUGCUGAAAGAUGGUUGUGUUCUCCCCCCCAGCAAGAUCCUACAGAGUGAUGAUGUCUUCAUACUUAUCCUCAGAAAUGUCCAGCAGAGUGAUGGCGGCCACUACCAGAUCAAGCUAAAGCAGAGGGAGCAGCUGUGCUUUUCUGAGAGGGAUGGAUGGGAUGAGGAGGAUGCACUGAGUCUUGGAACUGAAGAGGAUCAGGAUAAUAUUCGAGGGGUGCUCAAGAGAAGAGUUGAGGUCAAGGAAAGCUCAGAGGAGAAGCUCAGGCAGCAGGAGACGGAACAAGUCGACUUCUGAAGAGUUUUGGGGAAAAAGGUAAGCACAAGGAGAGUUUCUGAGGAGGAUCUGAAGGAUAUCCCACCAGAGAAGAUGGACUUCCGAGCCAACCUCCAGAAGCAGGUCAAGCCUAAGGCCCUGUCUGAGGAUGAACGCAAGGUCAAUAGCUCACAGCAGGUGGACUUCCGCUCUGUGCUGGGCAAGAAGCCAUCAACUCCCAAAACCCCUCUGCCAGAUAAGGUGAUCACCAAGGCAGCAGCUCCUGACUUUAGGUCUGUCCUAGGUACUAAGAGAAAAGUGCCCACUGAGAACGGCAGCCCUAACAACAUUCCACAUGAGAAUGCAAAGCCAGUGGUCAAGGGAAAUAAGUCUCAGGUGAAUUGCUGCCCAGUAGUGGAUGGGGAGGCAGUCAAGAACAGUGUCUCGAGUGGAGCCAAGAGCAGUGUACCAAGUGUAGCCAAGAACAGUGGCCCAAAUGUAACCAAGACCAGUGUCCCAAGUGCAGAUAAGACCAGUGUCUCAAGUGCGGAAAAGACCAGUGUCCCAAGUGCAAACAAGACUAUUGUCCCUAAUUCAGCCAAGACCAUUGCCCCAAGUGCAGAAAAGACCAUUGCCCCAAGUGCGAAAAAGACCAUUGCUCCAAGUGUGGAAAAGACCAGUGCGGAAAAGACCAUUGCCCCAAGUGCGGAAAAGACCAUUGCCCCAAGUGUGAAAAAGACCAUUGCUCCAAGUGUGGAAAAGACCAUUGCCCCAAGUGUGGAAAAGACCAGUGCGGAAAAGACCAUUGCCCCAAGUGCGGAAAAUACCAUUGCCCCAAGUGCGGAAAAGACCAUUUCCCCAGGUGCGGAGAAGGACAGUGCCCCAAGUGUCGAGAAGGACAGUGUCCCAAGUGCAGCCACAAAACCAGAGUUUUUGGAGGUAUUGCAGGAUGUACAUAUUACUGAUGGGGAAAAGCUGGUGUUGCAGUGCCGGGUCACAUCUGAACCACCACCAACCAUCACAUGGAUUCUGGAUGGAAAAGUCAUCAAAUCCUCCAAGUACAUUGUACUCUCUCAAGAAGGGUCUCUGUGUUCCCUCAGCAUCGAGAAGACCUUUCCAGAAGACGAGGGCCAGUACCUGUGUGUAGCUGAGAAUUCGGCUGGGAAGGCAGAGUGUGCCUGUAAUGUCACAGCUGAAGAUACUUCUGGCAACAAGGGGAUUAAGAAGAGUAAGAAACCCAGAAGCAAUGCUCCACUCGCCAACGCAACGGAAAAUGAAGCUACUAUUAAGAAGAAACCAGCUCCGAAGACCCCUCCCAAAGCAGCUGCCCCUCAGAUCCUACAGUUCCCAGAAGAUAGAAAGGUGAAAGCAGGGGAGUCAGUUGAACUUCUAUGCAAGGUGGCAGGGACCCAGCCCAUUACCUGCACAUGGAUGAAGUUCAAGAAAGAGAUUAAAGAAAGCGAAUUUAUCAAGAUUGAGAACACAGAAGAGACCAGUAAGCUGACAAUCUCCUCGGCCCGCCAGGAGCACUGCGGCUGUUACACGCUGGUGGUUGAAAACAAACAAGGCAGCAAACAAGCGCAAGUUAACUUGACUGUGUUUGAUAAGCCUGACCCACCUGCUGGGGUGCCCUGUGCUUCUGUUAUGAAGAAUUUAGCUCUCACCUUGUCAUGGUACGGCCCCACAUACGAUGGUGGCAGUGUAGUUGAGUCCUACAGAGUGGAGAUCUGGGACUCCGUGGACAAGGUCUGGACAGAUCUGACCUCCUGCCGCAGCACCUCCUUCAAUUUGGAGAACUUACUACAGGACAGAGAGUACAAAUUCCGAGUCCGGGCCACCAAUAUUCACGGCACUAGCGAACCCAGCCAGGAGUCAGAACCAGUUACCUGCAAGGAAAAGGAAGAAGAACAUAAAGAAGAAGAAGCAGAGGUUUCAGAUGAUGAGGGGAAGGAAUCUGAGCCGGAAUACAGGGAUGUCACUAUCAACACCACCGAGAAGGUGACAGAUUAUUACGAUGUGGAAGAGAGGCUGGGCACGGGCAAGUUCGGACAAGUAUUCAGAAUUGUAGAGAAGAAGAGUAAGAAAAUCUAUGCCGGGAAAUUCUUGAAAGCCUACUCUGCCAAAGACAAGGAGGGGAUCCGGCAGGAGAUUGCCACCAUGAACUGCCUACAUCACCCCAAACUUGUUCAGUGUGUUGAUGCCUUUGAGUCCAAGGCUGACAUGGUGAUGGUCCUCGAACUGGUGUCGGGUGGGGAGCUAUUCGAGCGAAUCAUUGAUGAGGAUUUCGAGCUGACUGAAAGAGAGGUGAUUAAGUACAUGAAGCAGAUCUGUGAGGGGGUCGAAUUCAUUCACAAACAGGGAAUCGUGCACCUCGACUUGAAACCAGAGAACAUCAUGUGUGUCAAUAAGACAGGGACCAAAAUCAAACUCAUCGACUUUGGCCUCGCCCGGAGAUUAGAGAGCUGCCCAAACCUCAAAGUGCUUUUUGGGACCCCUGAAUUUGUAGCCCCUGAAGUGAUAAACUAUGAGCCCAUUGGUUACUCUACUGACAUGUGGAGCAUCGGCGUCAUCUGCUAUAUCCUGGUUAGUGGACUUUCUCCAUUCAUGGGGGAUAAUGACAAUGAAACGCUGGCAAAUGUAACUUCAGGCACUUGGGACUUUGAUGAUGAAGCUUUUGAUGAAAUAUCUGAAGAGGCCAAAGACUUUAUCAGCAGUUUGUUGAAGAAGGCCAUGAAGAAUCGUCUGAACUGCACCCAAUGUCUCCAGCAUUCGUGGCUGCAGAAAGACACUGCUACAAUGGAGGCCAAGAAACUCUCAAAAGAGAGGAUGAAGAAAUAUAUGGCUCGGAGGAAAUGGCAGAAAACUGGUCAUGCGGUGAGGGCAAUCGGACGUCUCUCUUCUUUGGCCAUGAUCUCUGGGUUGAGUGGCAGGAAGUCGUCAGGCAGUGCCCCAACCAGCCCUCUGUCUGCAGAACUAGAAAUCAGUGAAGAAGACAACCAGGCUUUCCUGGAAUCCAUGUCGGAGGAAAAACCCCCUGCAAAACCGCUCUUCACAAAGACCAUUCUGGAUAUUGAAGUUGUGGAAGGCAGCGCUGCUAGGUUUGACUGCAGGAUUGAAGGUCACCCGGACCCAGAGGUGAUUUGGUACAAGGAUGACCAGCCCAUCAAAGAAUCUCGCCACUUUCAGAUAGAUUAUGACGAGGACGGCAAUUGCUCUCUGACCAUCUCGGAGGUAUGUGGCGAUGAUGAUACCAAAUACAGCUGCAAAGCCGUAAACAGCCAAGGGGAGGCGACCUGCACUGCUGAGCUCAUUGUAGAGGUAAUGGCAGAGGAACAAGAGGAAGAAGAAGAAGAGAAAGAAGAAGAGUAAACCAGGACUCCACCUGGAGCACUAACAGCACACCACAUGGGGACCUUUCUGACCCCAGAAAGACUUUUCAUUUAUUUUAUUUUUCCAGAAGAAAAAUGGAGUGAUAACAUUUCUAUGUAGAUAUAAAUAUUGGAAAUUAGAUCCUCUGACUGAUACGAUGAGAAGCAGGGGCAUUACCCAAGCUCAGCCAUGAAUUCCAGAAUGGCGGAGCUCAGCUAUUCUGUAAGAUUGGCAGAGUCCCCAGGUCUAAUUGGAGACCUACAUCAAAUAGAACCAGAAACGUACUGGAUCUCCAGGGCCUUCUCUGCACUUACUAGAUGUUGUCCAGGACAGGGGGAUAAUAGUGGGGAGGGAUGAGUGCAAGUAUUUAAGAAAUUUUGAAUGUCUGAGAGCCCUAAUGAGACAGCAGAAAACAGCAUUAUUGAGACAUAACAAUGGUGUUAGGACAGAUGGAAGUAACUUUCCCAGAGAUGCCACAGAUAGUACUGACACCUUAACACUGGCUCUGUUGCUUCCUGCUUGAACUCCUUCCACCAGAUGGGACUUUGGUUUCUAGGGCCCCAUAAUAGUAACCAUUAUUCCAUAUAUAGGGUUAAAGAGGAAAUUUGAUUAGAUUAGGGCCAAGUUAGAAGAUAUUAGACUCUUAGUUUGUCUCAAAUCAACUUAUUGUCAGCUAAGGGCAAAUGUGAAAAAAAGUGAUGCCAUUAUUUGGGUAGUAACCAGUAAUCAAGGUAAAUGGGACUUUAGGCCCUUGCUACGGUUCUGGAGUUGGUUACCCUUAAACACACUGUUGUACUUUUAGAACCCAGGGGGUGGGGUUAAGUGCAGAGGUAGUUCUGUAAGAUGAGGCAAUAAAUCCAAUUCUUUUUAUUUUAUGUGUUUGGCGCAAAUUAACCAAUUUUUUCUCAUCGAUGUAACCAAGGACUUAGGGAAAGUUCUCUCUUCUUCUAUGUGAUGUGAGCUUCACAUUCAGAUUUUAGUCAAAGUCAAAGUAAGUCAAAGUAAACUUUAUUGUCAUCUCAGCAGUAUACGAAUACAUAGUGAGACGAGACGACGUGACUCCAGCUAGUACAAAUGACAAAAGGCACUUAGAAUACACAAUAAAUAUGUAAACAUUUGAAAUGUGCAAUAUAUUGGCAGACAUUGGAUAUAUACAUGUGUAAACCUUUAGAAUUGUGCAAAUAAAUUAACAGUUCACAAAGUUAAGUUCACAGUUCAGGUGAGUCUGGAAUGUAGUGAGUCUGAAAGCUUGUGGAAAAAAGCUUUCGCGCAGCCUGGUUGUUCGGGCUUUAAUGCUGCGAAAGCGUCUGCCGGAUGGGAGUAGCGUGAACAGUCCCUGUGAGGGGUGUGUGGAGUCCAGUACAAUGCAGGAGGCAAUUUUUGCACAGCGCUUGUGGAAGAUGUCCUGCAGUGAUGGAAGAGCCGCUCCAAUGAUGUUGCCAGCUGCUCCGACAGU